AUGAGACUGUAUCAGCAGUGUCUGAAGUACUUGAUGCCAAAGAAUGUCUAUUAUGACACCCCUGAAGAACUAAAGAAUGCAGCCCAGAACCCAUCUUCCAAGUCUCGGCAUGGAUACUACAUUCUCCAGAAGUGUUUCUUAUUUAAAAUUCACAGGUAUGAAGUUCUUCUGUGUGGAGACAUUGAAAAGUCUAUCAAGAAAUGCAAGAGUGUAGAUGAAUCACCAGUCUACUAUGUGACCAUUGAGGAUUCUUAUGACAUCAUCAAGAGGGCACACAUUGCAACAGGGCAUCGUGGACGUGACAGAAUGGGGGCAAAGUAUGCUAACAUCACAAAAGAAGCUCUUGAAUUAUUCAUGUCCUAUUGCAUUACAUGCCAAGAAAAGAGGAAGCGAAAUAAGAUUGCUGGGUUGAGCACUCAGUUCAAAUGGAUCAUGGUCUACCAGUGCCACCUCACCAAGGUCGUCAUACUUCGAGCACAUACGUCAAAGAGAGCUGCUGACGUUGCCUUUCAACUGCUUGGCAUAUUCCUUCUCUUUGGAGCUCCUGCCAUACUGCAAAGUGACAAUGGUUCUGAAUUCACAGCAAAAGUCAUCUCAGAGUUGAAAGAACUUUGGCCAAAACUCAUCAUGGUCCGUGGUAAAUCAAGACAUCCACAAAGCCAAGGUUCAGUAGAAUGA